AUGAGCACACCGCGUCGCGGCGUCCAGCACCACGGCGACGAGCGCACCGCGACACGAGCAGGAGCAGGCUCCCGAGACAACGACGGACAAGGCGCGGGCGACUUGAGCUUCGGGUCCAUGGCGGGGCCGUGGUUCGCCUUCGCCCCGCCGCACCCUUGGGCGCCCCAGCACGCGCCCGUGUUCGCGCAGGCACCUGUUGAUCCGUUCCCUUGGAGCAUGCCCGUGUCCUUCGCGAACCCAUUUGAUGGUCCACGUCCAUCGACACAGAACGUGCCGUGGGGACCGCCCGGCGAGGUGCCCUUUGCCAGCUUCGCCGCCGGGCCUGCGGCUCCGGAACCGGAAUGGCGACACCGGCGACCGGAUGUGUUCGCUGGCAGCGGCCGCCGUUCUGUCCCCGCGGUGGUGCCGCCAGACCUCGACGCGGACGGCGGCGCGUCGUGCCUGCCGCUCGCGAGGCAGGCCGGGCUGCGGGCGGCGGGCGAACGCAACUUCAUCGUCUCGCCGCUGUCGUUCCACGCGGCGCUCGCGCUGGUGGCCGCGGGCGCGCGGGGCGAGACGCAGCGGGAGCUCCUGGGCUUCCUGGGCUCCGAUUCGCUCAACGAGCUGCAGCGCGCCGCGGCGACCGCGCUGGUCGCCAGGCUCCGCGACCUCCCGCAGACGUCCUUCGCCUGCGGCGUCUGGGUGGACCGGGGCCGGGCGCUCACGUCGGAGUUCAGGGACGCCGCCACGUCGCGCUACGCGGCGGUCGCGGAGUCCGUCGACUUCGCCUCGGAGCCCGAGGCGGCGAGGCGGCGAGUCAACGCGUUCGUGAGCGAAGCAACGAAAGGGCUCAUCGACGACGUCCUGCCUCCCGGCUCCGUCGACUCGUUCACGGUGCUCGUCCUCGCCAACGCUAUCUACUUCAAGGGGACGUGGGCUCGGCCGUUCGAUCGGUUCAGGAACUUCACCGCGCCGUUUCAUCUUCCCGACGGCGCCACCGUGCGCGCGCCGUUCAUGACCACGAGCCUUUUCAAGGAGCAGCAGGUCGCCGUGUUCCCCGGCUUCAAGGCGCUCAAGCUGCCCUACAAGAACGACGGCGGCGCGCGGCAUGCCGCGUUCUACAUGCUUCUACUCCUACCCGACGGUGAGGCUCUUAAGAUCAGUGAUCUGUACGAUAAGGCCGUCUCGACGCCGGGGUUCAUCAGGAGGCACACGCCGGUGGACGAGGUCCCCGUCGGGCGGUUCAUGGUGCCAAAGUUCAAGUUCACGUUCGAGUUUGAGGCAUCCGGCGAUAUCCAGAAGCUGGGAGUCAACCGAGCCUUCGGCGGGGGCGACUUCUCCGGCAUGGUGUCCGGUGGAAACGGGCUCUUCAUCUCAGGAGUGUACCACAAGGCCACCGUAGAGGUGGACGAGGUCGGCACCGUGGCCGCCGCGGCCACGGCCGUGUGCAUACAACAGUGUGCAAGGAUGGGUCCACCGCCGGUAGAUUUCGUAGCGGACCGGCCCUUCUUGUUCGCCAUCGUGGAGGAGAGGAGUGGCGUCCUGCUGUUCCUUGGGCAUGUGGUGAACCCUCUGGUUGGAUGA